AUGAGCGGACCUUCCAGCUCAGGCAAACAGGACAUAAGCGGAGCUCCAGCUCAACCGCAGGACGUUAACUACGAGCGGCACAUCCUGCUCCAGGUCGUCCUUACACCAGCGCUUGGAAUACCAAGCUACCUAACCGUAUAUGGCACUCUGAGGGUGUCCAGUGGAAUCAACAACUUCGGGUCAGUCCAGGUUCAUCUCCUUCUCUGUAACCUUGCUUCCUGGGUUGUAGUGUUCCUCUGUCUCAUGAAAGGCAUCAGGUCUGUAGGAAAGGUGGUAUAUGUGACUGUAUUGGUGCCGUAUAUCCUGCUGACGAUGCUGCUCAUAAGGUCGUGCAUGAUGCCGGGAUCAGGGGAGGGAAUACUGUACUUCUUACGUCCAGACUUCUCACGACUCGCUUCUGUUCAGGUGUGGUUAGAAGCGCUGCUCCAAGGUUUCUAUUCAACGAGCGUUACGUACGGCGCACUCAUCACCAUGAGCAGCUACAACAACUUCUACAACAGACCUUUGAAAGACGUUGUGUUAGUUACCGUCAUUGGUGAAGUAAGUAGUAUACUCUGUGGUCUUGUGGUCUUCUCCACACUGGGCUUCAUGGCACACCAGGCGCAGAUACCGAUAUCAGAAGUUGUAUCCUCAGGUUCUGGUCUCGGAUUCAUCAUCUACCCAGAGGCCAUCGCCCAGCUUCCUGUGUCUCAACUGUGGGCAGUCCUCUUCUUCAUCAUGCUCUUUAUGAUGGGAAUAGAUUCUAUGGGUGGGAUUUACCUCUUCCAACUGAUGGAAUGGUACGCCUCCUCCUUUAGCACACUGCUCAUUGGCUGUCUCGAGUGUGUCGUCAUCAACUGGAUCUAUGGUAAAACCAUGUGGCACAAUUUGCGAUAA